UGCUUAGCUAGCUUAAUUAACAUUAAUAGGAAUAAUUGGAUUAAUAUUAUAAAGAAUGAUGGGUUUAUUUGAUCAUUUAGCUAAUUUUGUAGGAUUGCGUAAGAAACAAGUGAAUGUUUUAGUAGUAGGUCUUAACAAUAGUGGUAAAUCAACAGUGAUAAAUCAUUUUAAGAAUCAGAAUGAGCGUUGUACAGAUAUAAUUCCCACUAUUGGAUUUAGUGUCGAAAAAUUUGCAUUCAAAAAUAUCGGCUUUACAGCAUUUGAUAUGUCUGGACAGGAUCGGUAUAGGUCGUUAUGGGAGCAUUAUUAUAAAGGCUGUCACGGUAUCAUUUUUAUUGUUGAUAGUAAUGAUAAACUACGAAUCGUUGUAGUAAAAGAAGAGUUGGAUAUGCUUUUGCAACAUCCAGAAAUUGCAGGUCAAAAACUACCAAUCCUAUUUUUAGCUAAUAAAAUUGAUCUACCAAAUUCAUUAACAACCAUAAAUCUUGUGACAUGUUUGGGUUUAGAUAAAAUACAAAAUAAACCUUGGCAUAUACAAGCUACAAAUGCUAUUACUGGUGAUGGCUUGCAAACUGCAAUUGAAUGGCUAACAGAUCAGAUACGAGAUAUACACAUCAAUAGAAGAUAGUAGUAAUGUGCAUUUAUAAGUAUUACAGAGAUAAUGAGUAUUCUAUUAAAAACAGUACCUU